CGUCGGGUAAAAAAUAUAAUAAAGUGCGUGUGAGCUGAUUUAUCUGCACAACACAAACGGUAAGUUAUAUACAGAGAGUUGGCCUUUAUAUUUAUGGCUGUAUAAUAAUAAUAAUAAUAAUAAUAAUAUGGUGAGAAUAUCUUCUAUGUGACGCAAUUGUCGGUCUUUUAUUUAUUUAUUUAGCAGAAGUGAAGUUUGGUUUCCUCUCUCAGCCUGAUAUCAGAGUCUGGUCUUCAUGAGAAGAUGGCUGAAGUGGACUGUGAGGUCCCGUUCUCUCUGCUGAGUCUGGAGGACGAGCUGACCUGCAGCAUCUGUCUCAGUCCCUUUGACUGUCCUGUGACGAUCCCCUGUGGACACAACUUCUGCCAGGACUGCCUCCUGGCCACCUGGAAGGACUCCUACUGCUGUCCUCAGUGUCGGACCCACUUCGCCACCAAACCGGAGCUGAAGAAGAACACGGUCCUCAGCACCGUGGUGGAGACCUUCAACAUGAGGACCAACAAGAGUGACCCUGGUCUGCUGUCGGGGGAGAGCAGAGCCCAGGACCGGGACCAGGACCGGGACCGGGACAAGGUGAUAGUGAUCCGCUGUGAUACCUGUAUGGAAGCAGAGGCGUCCCAGACCUGUCUCACCUGCAUGGCCUCUUACUGUGAGGACCACCUGCGCCCUCACCGGGAAAACCCCAACCUGAGCUUCCACCAGCUGAGUGAGCCUGUCGGAGACCUGUCGGAGCGGAUCUGCUCAGACCACCACAAGCUGAUGGACUUGUUCUGCAGCCAGCAUGACCGUCCCAUCUGCAGCUUCUGCCUCCAGCAGGACCACAAAGGCUGCUCCUUCAUGUCCCCCGAGGACCAGAGGAGCCUCAAACAGUCUGAGCUGAGAGAGAAGCUGUGUCUCCUGGACCAGAAGCUGGAGAAGACUGACUUGGUUCUGUUCCACAUGAACGACAUGAAGAGCAAACUGAAGAAUGCAGCAGCCAACAGGAAGUCAGCGCUGGCUGCUGUCUACCAGCAGAUCCAGGACCUGCUGGUCCAGGAGGAGCGGGGGGCCCAGCGGGACCUGGACCAGGAGCUGCAGACGGCUCAGAACCAGGUCCAGGAGGUGAUGGAGAGACUGAGUGAGAACGCUGAGAAGAUGAAUAAAACCAGAGAAGAAGUCACCGAGCUGCUGAGUCACACGGAGAACGUUUCCUUCCUCCAGGCUUCAGUGGAGAUGCCUCGCGCUGUGAAGUUUGAGCCUCACGUUCCUCCAAUCAGCCUCGACUCCAACAAGGUGACGGCAGCUCAGAGCUUCGCUGCAGCGCUGAAGGAUUUCCUGACUGAGACGCUGAAACAGCCUGUAGAGGACAGAAUACUGACGCUGAAACAGCCUGUAGAGGACAGAAUACUGACGCUGAAACCAGGUGAAUAUGAUGUAUAUUUAUUAUGGUCUAUUUCCUCCAUGUCUGACUCCUUCCAUCCUGCCUGUAUUCACCUUAAAACAUGUUUAAAUACCAUGAUGAAGCAGCUCCGCUCUCACCUGCAAAUACUGCAACUACUGCAGAUACUGCAAAUACUGCAGAUACUCAACCUGGGCUGCAACCUGGUACUCCCGGAGCUUCCAGAGCUUCCAGAUCUUCCAGAUCUUCCGGGGCCCUUCGCUGCAGGUUGUCCCUCCAUCCAGACGUUCUACCAGCCGGUUCCUGUUUAUAUCAGUUCACAUGGAGGUUGGAGUCCUCAGCAGCAGCAGCCAUCGUUCUACAGAGCUCCUCGCUCUACGACAGGACACAAGACACAUCCUCAGAAACCUCAAGGGAAGAAAACGUCUCCAGGGAAGAAAGUGGCCAGUAAGGUUCAUAAAGUGAGUCCUCACGGGGCCACAGGGGCCACAGGGGCCACAGGGGCCACAGGGGCCAAGGGCCACACAGACACAACAGACAAGAAGAGUGACAGCAGCCACCAAACCUCACAGAAACAAGAGAAGAGACCUCCCAGUGCUGCAGGAGGAACUAAACCCAGUGGGAAAGAAUCUAAAGGAUCUAAAGGAUCUAAAGGGUCUAAAGGGUCUAAAGGGUCUGAGGGAUCUAAAGGAUCGAAAGGAUCGAAAGGAUCUGAGGGAUCUAAAGGAUCUAAAGAAUCUGAGGGAUCUAAAGGAUCUAAAGGAUCUGAUUCUACCAAGAAAGAAAAGUCUGCAACACAGAAACCAUCCAAACACCAAACACAAACAAAAAAAAAAUAAGCACGCAGCAGAUAUAUUUACUUCCUGACAUAUCGAGGCUCUAUAACCGUCCUACAAAGACUCACUACAGUAAAUACAUUUAUGGUUUAAAUAGAGUUAUCACUAAAAAUGAACUCCUUGAUGUCUGUUUUAUCUUGUGACAAAGUUUUAGAUUUCAGUUUGGCUUUAAUUCAGAGAAAUAAUGAUAUAAAACAACACAAAAUCCAACUCAAAACCAAGCAGUAAUUACACUUACCACAGUUUGUUUUGGAUAUAUAAACUAAUUUAAACAUAAAAAUAAGAGAAAUUAUAAGUUUAUUUGAAAGGGAAAUUACUAUCUAGAUAGUGAUGUAGUAAAAAAGUGAGAUAAAAUUAUAUUAAGACUAAAAUAUAACAUUACUUUAUAAUAUUAAGUCUGAAAUACACGAAUCAAUACAUAAAAAUGUAAAAAAAAUCUAUGUAUAUAUAUACAAAGUCUGAAAUCUCAAAAAAGCCUUUAAAGAAGUGAGGACCGGCCGAAAUGUCCUCACUUUGCAAAAAUGUCCUCACUCUGUUGGUUAAAAACGUGUUCUGGUCCUCACUAUGUAGGAAGAACAAGAACACACACACACACACACACACACACACACACACAGCUG